AUGGGCAGACAUCAUCAUCAUCAUCAUCAUCGCGGCCAUGUAGGAGCUGGAUUGGUGGGCCUAGGAUUGGGUCUAUUAGGAGGAGCUGUUAUUGCUUCUGCUGUUUCUAAUACACACAGUUCUCCAACCACCGUUACCACCACCACAAUACCUUCUUCUUGUUCCGUGUUUUGGCAUGGUACUUGCCCAAGAUGGAUUCCUGUUGGAUUUGUAGUGCCUCAACAUUUCUAUACCUACCGCAGUACAUGGAUCUCACAGGCUCAAUCUCUCUUCUAUCAACAUACCAUGUUUGGUGCCAAUUACCUUAACAAACGAGGCUUUAAGAGAGCCAUGGCCUGUCUUGGCUUGCACAAACAUCAAGCCAAACAUUUGUUUUUCAUGAUGGAUACAGAUCGUAAUGGAGUGAUCACUCUCGAUGAAUUCAUUAAUGCUUACUUGUUUGUCAUGUCGGGAGGAAUGACCUACAAGGGAACAGGAUUUAUGGGCAUGAGUGGUGUGAUUUAUCCAACAAGUUUUGCUUUGAAUGUGCAGGUUCAACCUCCUCAACAACAGGUCACAACCACUACCUCAACGUACCACACCACGAACACACCAAAUACUACUUGUAAUUAUCAACCUCCAAUGCCACCUGGUUACCAACAACAUCCUCAACCUGUAGUGACUUCAACUGUGUAUUAUCAACAACCACAACAACAACAACAACAACCAGGAUAUUAUCAGCCACCACCUUAUCAACCUCCAUUUAAUCCUCAGUCGGCCUAUUUACCUCAAUCACAACCACAGUAUGUGGCAACCACUCAGGUCUAUCAACAACCACAACAGUACAUUUCACAAACAUCUGUACCUUCACAAAAUCAAAUUUAUCAACAACCAAAUACUUUUAAUUAA